GGCUCACCCACCAGAAGUAAAGGGGAGAGAGAAGGCAGAGGGUAACUUGUGCAACACGUAAUUGGAGCUUGUUCUGUUGACACGGUUUGCAUAGAGGACUACUUCUGUUAGAGAUGAGUGGACUGACACUGCUGGAACCAUGUCCCUUUGAUUCAGGAAUCUUUCUCAGUUCUGAGACAUAGUUGGGAAAUUUUGAUUUGAGAGGAGGCGCUUUUGGAGAGCUCCUGCCUCUGUUUGAGGUUAGGAGCACUGAGGAGGACCAUCAGUAGGAGUGUUUCCUGGAUAAAAGCCAUCUUUAAAACGGCAACAUGACAACUCAUCUCUGCCUUCUCCUGUUGGCUGUUCACAUGCUUGUUGCGAACGGGCAGCCAGAGCCGAAGACCCAAAUCCCUCAGUCUCCUCUGUCUGUGACCCAGAGACCCGGGCUGGUGCAGAGGAAAGUGCAGGAUCCGGUGAGGCCCAACAUCACCAAGCCCAGCCGCCACCUGCCACCCAUGUGCACAGGACCCACGGAAAUCCGGGACACUUUCAAGUACAUCAACACGGUGGUGUCCUGCCUGGUGUUUGUGGUCGGCAUUAUCGGCAACUCCACCCUCCUGAGGAUCAUCUACAAGAACAAGUGCAUGCGGAACGGGCCGAACAUACUCAUUGGCAGCCUGGCGCUUGGAGAUCUGCUGCACAUUAUCAUCGGCAUCCCCAUUAAUGUCUACAAGCUCCUGGCAGAGGACUGGCCAUUUGGUGUGACUCUGUGCAAGCUUGUGCCGUUUGUCCAGAAAGCAUGCGUUGGGAUUACGGUGUUGAGCCUGUGCGCUUUGAGUAUUGACAGGUAUCGUGCCGUGGCCUCCUGGAGUCGAAUAAAAGGCAUUGGAGUUCCAAAGUGGAUGGCUAUUGAGAUUACUGUCAUCUGGAUAUUAUCCAUCAUCUUGGCCGUGCCAGAGGCAAUAGCCUUCAACAUGAUCGCAAUGGACUACAAAGGAGAUCACCUGAGGAUCUGUCUGCUGCACCCCAUGCAGCAGACAGAUUUUAUGAGGUUUUAUAAAUCAGCAAAGGAUUGGUGGCUGUUCAGCGCAUAUUUCUGCUUGCCGUUGGCCUGCACGGCCAUUUUCUACACACUGAUGACCUGCGAGAUGCUGAGGAAGAAGAACGGGGUGCAGAUUGCUCUUAGCGACCACAUUAAACAGCGGAGGGAGGUGGCCAAGACGGUGUUUUGUUUGGUUCUGGUGUUUGCUCUGUGCUGGCUCCCUCUCCACCUCAGCCGUAUCCUGAAGAUCACCAUCUACGAUGAGAGGGAUCCUAACCGCUGCGAGCUGCUCAGUUUCUUUUUGGUGUUGGACUACAUCGGCAUCAACAUGGCCUCUAUCAACUCCUGCAUUAACCCCAUCGCCCUCUACAUGGUCAGCAAGCGCUUCAAGAACUGCUUCAGGUCCUGUCUGUGCUGCUGGUGCCUACCUGCUGAAAUGUUGAUGGACGAAAAGCAGUCAUGUAUGAAGCUCAAAGUCACUGACAGAGCCUCUGAACAGAGCCACUCCCGCAUCACCAACAAGUCCAGCACAGCCUGAAAAGGCUCACCCACCUAGAGGUGGAACAAGAGGCAGUAUACAAGAACCUUAAAAAAAAGAAAGAGACAGAGACGGAGAGAGGGAAAAGAAAAUAACUAAUUUGAUGUAUGACUGAGUGAAUGGGGCCACAUACCUUUCUCAUCGAAGAUGUCAUAUAAGCUGUCCAGAUGUGCCUUUUGGAAAUCAACCUACACAGAAACUUACUUAUGCACCUUCUUUAUCCAAAGAGAGAUUGGAGCAUCCAUGUACUCCAAAAACUAAAAUGGAGCAAAUCUAAAAAAAAGAGAGGGUAAAGUUGAGGAGUGUUGCUUACAAAGGGGUUAAGGGUCAGUCAGCUGAAACAGCAAAUCAGAUCCUCCAGAGAGAGGCUGCUCUUGUUCAUGUAAUGUAUAUUCAAUUAAGUUAAUGUAUGUGUUAUCUUCCAUGUUUUGCAUACUUGCCGCUAGGGGUACAACGAGAUCACACCACGAGACCUUUGCUAUAAUAAAACACCUUAAUAUUUCUUGUCAAAGUGAUGUCGGUCUUGCUCAGUCCAUCUAGCUGCUGUUUAUAUCUGAAUUUGUCUGAUAAAAUAAGGGUAAGCCAUGAGCUUUAGAUAUAAAGGUGAGAGCUUUUAACCUGAUUCCCUGUUUCUAUGAUUGACUCUCUUAUUUAGAAAUAGGAAAAGAAGUAGUUCUUAAUUUGUGUUGACAGAAUUGACUAAUAAAUACCGCUUGUUGGCAUGGCUGAUAACACUCGGUUACGUUAGGUUUGAAGAGGCCUGUACCACUUUUAAACCUUAAUAAUUCGAUUUUAUACAAUCAGUUUACUCACCAUAUCUAAGCACUACCAUGUCAUGCUGACAAUGACAAUCUUCAGUAUAGAUGCUGUUAAUGAGUAAAGAAGACUCAAAUCUAGCUAUUUUCACCAUCAGUAACAUCUUCAAAAGAGAAGGAAAAAGUAAAAUGUAUUUUUUUGACAACAUGUCCAAAUGUCUGUGGUUCAUUCAGGCAGCGAGAGAGAGCAAGAUUUUCAGCCAACACCAGGAAGGCUGGACAUUCUGCUGGUCUGUAUUUAGUAAGUCUCAGAGUUAAGGUAACGUAUACACUCGGAGACUAAUGUUUAUGAAGUGCUACCUGCACUAACUGCGCCAGUUACUAAUAAAACCCCGACAGUGAGUGUCUGCUUUAGAGUUUCCCAUCAUCACUAAACAAAAGGGCUUAUUCACAUUUCUAGAUCUGAAACACUUUGGUCAAACCUGAACUGGAUAAUACUACCCUGAACAGGGAUUUUUAAAACACAGUUUAAGAUUCAUUAAACGUUUAAUUUAAUAUUUUCAAUAUUUUAUUUUUGGCUUCAGGACCACCAAAUAUAAAAACACACACCGUACUAUAUAUGGACAUCAGUCAAACAAGACAGAAUUAUUUUAUAAAGGUUUCCAGAGUCUGUGUUGCCAAAAUGCCCCGAGACAGAAUGGAUCGCUGGAUUCCAGAUGUGGAUAAUUAUAUCGAAAGCGUCAAUGUUUCAGAAUCAAACAGGUUGGAAAAGGAUCACUGAGCAUCACGCCUUGAAGCGUGUGGUUUGUUCAAAACAAAAUGAUACGAACAAAUGUAUUUACAUGUGUCUUGCAGCAGCAAUAUUUGGUGUCCCUUACUCUGAACUUAAACUAAGCUUUCUUAGUUAUCCUAAGACUAUGAAAAAAUAUAAAUCAGAAAGGUUGGAUGUAGAUUGUAGCUUUGUUAUUUUACAAAAGAUUUAUUCUUUUGGAGAUUUUCUUCCUCAUUUUCAAACUGAAAACAUUACUUAUUUUUAUGAUUUUCAAGCCAGUUUGAAUGAUGUGCCAUGAUUGUAGGAUUUCCGCUGUCACUUCUUGGUUUUUUUUUUCCUGAUUUUUAACCAUGGCCACAAAUGAGUUAUUUACAAGUGGGAGCAGCCCAUCAACAUCUCAAAAGCUGAAAUAUUACUUAGAUUGCCACCCAAAAUUUUAAAUCUAAUUGCUUUUUAGAAUAAUAUUGUAUUUUUGAAUAUGAAAAUUGCUAAAAUCUCGUCUCUUUCUCAUGGACAGGAUAUAGCAUAUUGGUUUCUGUCUAAAGCUGAAUGUAUCACUACACGUCUACUUGCUACAUUAAUGCUUUAAAGGUGUGUAUUUUCUCACUAGUUCUUAAACUACUGAUGUUAUGUUAUGUUAUGUUAUGUUAUCCUGUACAGUUAUUGGGCUGUUUGUGUGGCUUUAGUUGAUCCAUGACUGACCUUGCUCUCUACUAUCUUAAUCUGACUCAUUAUCUUGGCUGUUAUGUAGUGAUGUACAGUUUUUCCUUCAACACAGAAAAUUAAAAAAUAAAACACUGUUAUGAAAAAGA